AUGUCAUCUGCUGAUUUCGCUCACAAGGAAAGACCAGACACUUUAGUCUUAUUUGAUGUCGAUGGUACUUUGACUCCUGCUAGAUUAUGCAUCUCCGAUGAAGUUAAGGACACUUUAGCCAAAUUAAGAAAGAAGGUUUGUAUCGGUUUCGUUGGUGGUUCUGAUUUGAGCAAACAAUUAGAACAAUUAGGUCCAAAUGUCUUGAAUGAAUUUGACUAUUCAUUCUCUGAAAAUGGUUUGACCGCCUACAGAUUGGGUAAGCAAUUAGCUUCUCAAUCUUUCAUUAACUGGAUCGGUGAAGAAAAGUACAACAAGUUGGCUGUUUUCAUUCUAAGGUAUUUAGCUGACAUGGAACUUCCAAAGAGAAGAGGUACUUUCUUAGAAUUCAGAAAUGGUAUGAUUAACGUUUCUCCAAUCGGUAGAAAUGCUUCCACUAAAGAACGUAAUGAAUUUGAAGCUUUUGACAAGGUUCACAAGGUUAGAGCUAAAUUUGUUGAAGCUUUGAAGAAGGAAUUCCCAGAUUACGGUUUGACUUACUCCAUUGGUGGUCAAAUUUCCUUCGAUGUUUUCCCAACCGGUUGGGAUAAGACCUACUGUCUACAACAUGUCGCUGACGAUGGUUUCAAGGAAAUUCAUUUCUUUGGUGAUAAGACUUUCGAAGGUGGUAACGAUUAUGAAAUUUACGUUGAUGACAGAACUGUUGGUCAUUCCGUUCAAUCCCCAGAUGAUACAGUCAGAAUCUUGACUGAAUUAUUUGAUUUAUAG